GAUGCAGCGGAGAGGCUCAGCGCCUCUUGCCCAAACGUUUCCGCAAGUGCCUGUGGACAGGGAAACAGCCUUCCGGGGCUUUGGCGCUUCCAGGGAAAGGUCUGGGGCUCCAGUCCUCCUGGGCUGUCCCUUAACACUGCGCCAGCAUAGAAUUGUGUGCAACACACACACACACCCCGUAGCUUGCAACACAGCCCUCUGCAAGAGGCCGGCUCACGAGCACUCCCCAUUCAGUUCGAUGGGACUGACUCGUUUCCAGGAAAACAACACAGGCCAGAUUGCAGCUGCAAGAGACCCUGUGUCCCUGCCCGAAGCCUGCAUCCCACCACAGCUGGAGCAUCGUCCUGGGAGCUGCUCGGACUGCACGCCCCCUCCCGCUUUCCCUUUCCGGAGGGUUAUGGUCCUAACCUCCUUUGCUCUGUUUGGAGAAAGAGAAGCCAAGCGGUGGGGAGGCGCUGGGAAAGGCGAAGGCUGCCUGGGAUAAGGGGCAAAUCGGCCGGGACAAUAUGGCCAACAGGCAUCGCUUCCUGGCUCUCCUGCUGCUCUUCGUGGUCUUCCGGUUAUUGCUGGACCUGCCGUGGGUCCAGGUCGCCCCAGCCCUCUUGAUAUUCUACUUGGGGUCCGGUGGGUGGAAAUUCCUUCGGAUCUUUGUCAAGACGAUCAGGCGGGAUCUCACGACCGGCAGCAUGGUGGCCCUGACGCGGCUGAGGAUCUGGUGGUACGUGAGGAAGAGGUACACCAUCCCGCAGCUCUUCCAGCAAACGGUGCUCAGGCACCCCGAGAAGGUCGCCCUCAUUUUCCAGGGCACGGGCGAGAAAUGGACUUUCCAAGAGCUGGACGAUUACUCCAACCGGGUGGCCAACUUCCUGCACGAGGAGGGCUUCCGCUCCGGGGACGUGAUGGCCCUGUUCAUGGAAUCACGCAAUCAGUACGUCGGCCUCUGGCUCGGCAUGGCCAAGAUCGGCGUGGAGGCGGCCCUGCUGAACUCCAACGUCCGGCAGGAGUCCCUGGCGCACUGCAUCGGCAUCUCCCAGGCCAAGGCGGUGGUGUUUGGGAGCGAGUUGGCCGGAGCCAUGCAGGAAGUCCAGCCUUCCCUCGCGAAGUCGGUUCGUCUGUUCUCUUCUGGUGACUGGACAGCAGGAAAGGUCCCCCCAGGGACAGAACACCUGGACCCCCUGAUUGCCAAGGCCUCUGGCCACUUGCCAGAGCCACCAGACAAAGGGUUCCUAGAUAAAUUGUUCUACAUCUACACUUCUGGCACAACUGGCUUGCCAAAGGCCGCUAUUAUUGUCCACUGCAGGUAUUUCCGCAUGGCGACCCUGGUCUUUAACGGCUUCCACAUGCGGCCUGACGAUGUGAUCUAUGACUGCCUCCCGCUGUAUCACUCGGCAGGUAACAUUGUUGGGAUCGGCCAGUGCAUUAUCCAUGGACUGACCGUGGUUAUCCGGAAAAAGUUCUCGGCUUCUCAGUUCUGGGACGACUGUGUGAAGUACAACUGUACGGUUGUGCAGUACAUAGGGGAGAUUUGCCGGUACCUCUUGAACCAGCCUUCGCAGGAGGCGGAAUGGAAGCACCGGGUGCGCAUGGCUUUGGGCAACGGCCUGCGCGCCUCCAUCUGGAAGGAGUUCACCGAGCGCUUCGGCAUCCCUCAGAUCGCUGAAUUCUACGGCGCCACGGAGUGCAAUUGUAGCGUGGGCAACUUUGACAACAAGUUCGGAGCGUGUGGCUUCAACAGCAGACUCCUUCCCAGCGUCUACCCCAUCAACCUGGUCCGAGUGAACGAGGAUACGAUGGAGCUGGUCCGGGGACCAGACGGACUCUGCAUCCGCUGUAAACCAGGGGAGCCGGGCCAGCUAGUCGGGCGCAUCAUCCAGAGCGACCCGUUGCAGCGCUUCGACGGCUACCUAAACAACGAAGCCAACACGAAGAAGAUCGCCCGGGACGUUUUCACGAAAGGGGACUUCGCCUACCUCACCGGCGACGUCCUGAUCAUGGAUGAGCUGGGCUACAUGUUCUUCCGGGACCGCACCGGGGACACUUUCCGCUGGAAGGGUGAGAAUGUCUCCACCACGGAAGUCGAGGGGGUGCUCAGCCGCAUUCUGAACAUGACGGAUGUCGUCGUCUACGGGGUGGAGGUGCCAGGCACGGAGGGGAAGGCGGGGAUGGCGGCCAUCAUGAACCCCGACAACUCCUGUGACCUGGAGAGCUUCGCUGACGAGAUGAAGAAGGCCUUGCCCACGUACGCGAGGCCCGUUUUCCUGCGGCUCCUCUCAAAAGUGCAGAAGACGAGUACCUUCAAGUUCCAGAAAAUGGACCUGCGUAAGGAGGGAUAUGACCCCAGUGUGGUGAAGGACAAGCUUUAUUUUUUGGAGCCCAGACAAGGCCGGUACUUUCCGCUGGAUGAGGCCAUCUUCCAGAGGAUCCAGGCAGGACAGGCGAAGCUCUGAGAGUCUCUCCCCUCUUCUCGUGGCUCCGGGGCCCUUUCGGAGUGUACAGGCCGGGACUUGGCUAGGAAACCGAGAGCUGGAAAGAGUUGAGUAUAUAAGAAGAGGCACAGCAACUUGGGAGCUUGUUGGUUGGUUCAUGUGUUCAUGUUUUUUAAUCAGGUUUUCCGGAGGAUGCUGGCCUGGGAAAGAUGUGGGAGAGCUGGAUACCAAAGCAAGGCAACAUGUUGGCAUCACGUUUUAUUUCAUGGGAAUGGAGGCUGCCCCCUCCCUGUAGAAGGUGGACAAUUGCUGGGGGAGGCCGAAAUUCGGACACUCUGCCCCUUGAGUUCCCUCAUUUCCCCCUUUCCCCUGUGUUUUCCCCCUGCCAAGCCAAGGAUCAGACCAGCAAGGGCUCUGGAGUGCCUCUAGGGGGCGCCGUGGUGCUUUCUUUCCAUGCCGCUCAAGCAGCCCCGGUGGGAGCAAAGGCAUUCUGCAGAAUUCAGCCGAAGUGUGAAAUGGUCGCACCUGGAGAGAUGGGUUGUGACUGCUUCUUUAAAAACAAAACAUGGAAGGGGGAAUGCCUCCUUCUGGCUGCUAAAAUGCUCUCUCUAGUUUGCGGAACGGGCAUUGAAAGGCUGGGCAAGUAGUCUUGAGUACAGGUUUCUACCAUGACUCAACUUCUUUUUCCGGGGAAUGGGUUCUUUUCUACUUUCGUGAGUGGACCUUGAUUUGUGUGUGUGUGUGUGUGUGUGUGCGCGCGCGUUGUAAUUUAUUGCAUUUUUUAAAGGGCACGAUUGCUGCUCUGUGCAAGCUGGCUGGAUUUGGUCCUUCUGUGUGGUUGUCUUGCAAAAAGCACCACUCUUUGUUUCUGUCUCACAAGCACUGGUGCCUGUCUCUGUUCCACUUCUUCUGCUGGGGACAGGCUGCGAAAAGGUCAGAGGCAAAAUGCACCGGCGGUCACUUCUUCGGUUUGCGCAUUCAGUGACAGAGGCCCCCUGGGAGCCCCCUCCCCCUCCCCAAUUCAUUUGCUUCUAGCAGGCAGUUACGAGAGGUGAGGUUCACAAGUUCCGCUUUUAAAAAUCUGCUCUGAAAUGUGCUGCUGUCGCCAACAUCAAGAGUAUGUCCCCUAUCCGGCUGUCUGUCCAUCCUCCAAACCAGAGCUAAGAUGGCAGGGAUACAGUGCUGGUAAUUUUUUGAUCGGCAAGGAUGCUGAGGCCGACUGCCCCCAGCCCUGCAAGAUACCCUGUCCCCUCAGCUUAGCUGGCGCUUCACAUUAUCUAGGGCAGGGGUCUCAAACUCAACUGAUCUGGGGGCCGCUGGAAAUAGAGUCUGGGUGAGGCUGGGCCGCAUCAAGUAUUCCACCACCGCGGCGGUGGUGGGCCGCUCAUCCUGCGUCCGGCCCAGGCGCCGCCGGCACUUUAAAGGCCACAGGGCCCCUACCCCGUGCCACGCCCAGCCUGGCAAGUGGCCCACGGGCCGCCAGUUUGAGACCCCUGAUCGAGGGGGAUGUGAAAACAGUAUGUUUUCCUGUUGCGAGGCAAAGAUUUGGGGCAACUUGCUUGUCAGUGGGCGCUGGCCCAUUGGCUUUAGAAAGACCUGCUCCUGGGGAGGCGACAACCCCAGGAAUGCCCGUUGAGAUGGGUGAACGCUGCCCCCCAUUGAACCUGGGAAUGCUGCCCCCCAGGCUGAAAGACCUUCAGUGCACCCGAAACAGGCAAUAUUUGGCAGGAAGGCACAUGGUCGAACUUCACCGGUGGCUGCUUCCGACGUGUUGCUUGAGUCAGAACAAAUUGUCUCUUAAAAUACGAUCACGCCAUUCUUACAGCAUGAAGAACAUGGGAUUCAGCUCUCUCCCAUCUCCUCAAUUUACCUGGAUCCCCCCCGGUCCAUUCUGCCGGCUGCCCGGAGUUCACAGCUGGACAGGGCAUCUUUCCAAGCCCCCAUUUCUCUCUCCACUCUCCCCCCCCCCCCGAUUUCUCCCACAGGGCACAGAGGCUGCAAACAGCUGUUUUAGCGCUGCGUGGAGAUGUGCAGAUAGAAAUGAGAGAGGCCAAACGUUUCUGCCUUACUGUGCCAUAAUUGUACGCCUAACUCUUGCUGUAUUCCUCUGAGCAGUGCUGGGCGACUGGGCCUUGCCCCCCACCGCUUUGGUUUCCCAUAAAGCCUCCAGGCUCUCUGGGGCAUUGUGGGACGGGGACGGGGAGGGGGGUCCGAUCCAGGUGUCGCUCAGAGCAGCAGCCCUGGCUGGGUAAGCCUUCCAGGGCCCGGUGGAGGAGCCGGACGUCCCGCCAUCCUCCGGCCCAGCCUUGAACAUCUCAUGCCGCCAAUUCCUUCUAGUGUUUCCGUCUGUCAGAAGGACUGCAUAAUUCUCCAAACUUGGCAGGAUAGGGGAAAGUCGUCCUUCUUCAUGUGGAUGCUGCUUCAACCUCUACUCAGGGAACAUGAUGCCAAGGGUGUCCCUGUGUGCACACAGGGUGAGAAAGGAAAGCAUCAUGAACAGAGGAGCCCAAACGGUCUUUUGCCCCCGAAGCUUUGUCAUGAUCAGCACAUGACAUGGUCGGUUAUGUUGAGACGUUCCUGGCUUGUCACUCCUGCAGUGGAACCAGGGAAGAAAAUGGCGCCUUCACGUCUAAUAAAGGAUGUCAACACUG